UCUUCCGAUGAGGAAUUAGUUAGCUCUCGAACAGUAGUACGAGAUUUGUGCAAGUUGUGGUCCUGUCGUCAUCCUGUGGAGUUGUGGUGAGUGUUUGACGAAUUUUUUUUUUUUUUGGCGGCUCGAUUGCAACCCGCGGCCCGCAACAAAUCCGACGCCAAAUCGGACACGGCCGGCGACUCCGGCGACCCACCACCACACACCAAUCCUCCUCCUCCUCAUCGCCGCCUGCGACGGCGAGGCGGCGAGCGAUGGAUUCCCUGGGCGUGCUGCUGGUGGCGCCGAUGAACGCCUACCUGGAGCAGGAGCUGGACCGGCGGUGCCGCCUCUUCCGCCUCUGGGAGUCCCCCGCCGACCGCCGCGACGACUACCUCCGCGCCCACGCCUCCUCCAUCCGCGCCGUCGUCCCCUACGCCCUCCAGGGCGUCGACGCCGCCAUGAUCGACGCCCUCCCCUCCCUCGAGAUCGUCUCCUCCUUCUCCGUCGGCAUCGACCGCGUCGACCUCGACGCGUGCCUCCGCCGCGGGGUCCGCGUCACCAACACCCCCGACGUCCUCACCGACGACGUCGCCGACCUCGCCGUGGGGCUCGCCAUCGCCGCGCUCCGCAAGAUCCCCCAGGCCGACCGCUACGUCCGCGCCGGCAAGUGGAAGUCCAAGGGCGACUUCACGCUCACCACUCGGUUCAGUGGUAAAAGAGUUGGUAUUCUGGGGCUUGGCAGGAUAGGCUUAGCCGUAGCAAAAAGAGCUGAGGCAUUUGAUUGCCCAAUCAGCUAUCAUUCAAGAUCAGAGAAACCAUUUCCAAAGUACAAAUUUUAUCCAAAUGUUGUUGACCUGGCAGCCAACUGUGAUGUGCUAGUCGUAGCAUGCUCACUUAAUCCAGAGACCCGUCACAUUGUAAACCGUAAGGUCAUUGAUGCACUAGGACCAGAGGGAGUGCUCAUAAACAUUGCUCGUGGAGCACAUGUGGAUGAACCUGAGCUUAUAUCCGCGCUUCUUGAGAAACGCUUGGGAGGAGCAGGCCUUGAUGUGUUUGAGGAUGAACCCUUUGCUCCAGAGCAGCUUUUUGAGUUAGAUAAUGUUGUCUUAGUGCCUCAUGUGGGGAGUGACACAGAAGAAACAUGCUGGGCAAUGGCUGAUCUAGUUCUACAAAAUUUAGAGGCACAUGCAUUGAAUCAGCCUUUACUCACUCCAGUCAUCUGAUUGUUUCUGUUAGAAGUCUGGGAUGAUUGUGCCACCACUACUACAUUCUGUAAUCCCAAUUAGUUUUCUAUCUUCUGUUUAUUAGUUCUUCAUUUUACCCAUCAUUAGGGACAUAUGCCACUCUUUUGUAAGACAUCAUUUUAUCGGCCUUAUGGCUGUCAUUCAAUCAACCAUGACAAAUAAGAUGAUCAGUUCCAGAAGUUGAA